CAAUAAGACAUGCCGGACGCUGGACUCGCUUCUGGCUUCUUAUUUGUUGCACCUCUACUGAGUAUACCCAUGAUCAUCAGUAAUACAUCCCGUCUGCUUCCUUGUCCUUACGAAGAUCUCUCCUAUUUCAUCCUUCCAGUUAAAAUGGAGACAAAUUUGAAUUUGAGGAACGCCACGGUCGAUUCUAUCUCAGUACGUUCUCGUAAGGCCUCCCUGGGCUCCAUGCGACAAUCAUCAGCUGUUUGGUUUUCUUAUUGUCAAGAGGGAACUUUGGGACAUAGGGACCAUUGCUUUCAAGCAGAUUCAGCCAGACAAAACUUUACCAGACGACCAUUCAUACGUCCCCAUGAAUUCCCUUGCGUUUGUCAAGGUAUAUCUCGGUCUUCACCUUUGUACUUUGGCAUAUGGAAAGGUGGUCGGAGGCUCGAAGAAUACCCUAUCGGAGUGCAUGUCGUUGGGAGAAGUGUUGUUGUCAGUAUUGUGGAGGGAUGCAGAAUCCUAGACGAUCUGUCCAACGCCAAGUCAAGUGCGUUUCCUGGAGGUGAAGCUUAAGCGCUCACCGGGAUGGUGGGUUGAAGUCCCAGGCGCCAUGGUUCCAUGGCUG